UGUCAUUCAGUCGGAAGACCGGACACAGUGAAGGAGUGCUGCUGUGCGGUUCAUUCAUCCCUCUCACGGGUUAAUAGAUAGAUAGCUAGCUAGCUACCCCCCGUCGCUGUUGUUUCCCCCCCUGUUAAACAGUUAGUCAACUAGACCAAUCAUGUACCGGUACUUCGGGGAGCUGUUAUCCCGCGGGGCGGGCAGUGCCCUGGCCUCGGGCUGCGUGGACUCUGCUCUCCCAGCAUCGGCCGCUCUGAUGCGGGUCCGACAGUAUAGUGAACAGCCCGAUGACCCCAACUUCUUUCGCAUGGUGGAGGGUUUCUUCGACCGCGGAGCCGCCAUCGUUCAGGACAAGCUUGUGGAGGACCUAAAGAGCAAGGAGACCCCCGAGCAGAAGAUGAAACGAGUGAAGGGGAUUCUCCGCAUCAUCAAGCCCUGCAACCACGUCCUCAGCGUCUCUUUCCCCAUCAAGAGGGACAACGGAGAGUGGGAGGUAGUGGAGGGAUACCGCGCCCAGCACAGCCAGCACAGGACGCCCUGCAAGGGGGGUAUCCGUUACAGUGAAGAGGUGUCUGUUGAUGAGGUGAAGGCUCUGGCCUCUCUGAUGACGUACAAGUGUGCCGUGGUCGAUGUACCAUUCGGGGGGGCUAAAGCUGGUGUCAAGAUCAACGUCAAAAAUUACUCUGACAAUGAAUUGGAGAAGAUUACUAGGAGGUUCACCAUUGAGCUGGCCAAGAAAGGCUUUAUUGGGCCAGGUAUUGAUGUUCCAGCUCCUGACAUGAGCACCGGAGAGAGAGAGAUGUCCUGGAUCGCUGACACAUACGCCAAUACCAUCGCACACACCGACAUCAACGCCCACGCAUGUGUGACAGGCAAGCCCAUCAGCCAGGGAGGUAUCCAUGGGCGUAUCUCGGCCACUGGUCGCGGAGUGUUCCACGGCAUUGAGAACUUCAUCAACGAGGCGUCCUACAUGAGCAUGCUGGGCCUGACCCCCGGCUUCCAGGACAAGACCUUUAUCAUCCAGGGCUUUGGUAAUGUGGGUCUCCACUCCAUGCGGUACCUCCACAGGUACGGUGCUAAGUGUGUGGGCAUCGCUGAGUAUGACGGCAGCAUCUACAACCCAGAGGGUAUCGACCCCAAGCAGCUGGAGGACUACAAACUGCAACACGGUACGAUUGUAGGUUUCCCCGGGGCUAAGCCGUACGAGGGCAGCCUCCUGGAAGCUCCGUGUCACAUCCUGAUCCCUGCCGCCAGCGAGAAGCAGCUCACACGAAACAACGCCCACAGGAUCAAGGCCAAGAUCAUUGCUGAGGGAGCCAACGGCCCCACCACCCCCGAUGCUGACAAGAUCUUCCUUGAGAACAACGUCAUGGUCAUCCCUGACAUGUACCUGAACGCUGGUGGUGUGACAGUGUCAUACUUUGAGUGGCUGAAGAACUUGAACCACGUCAGCUAUGGAAGACUCACCUUCAAAUACGAGAGAGAUUCCAACUACCACCUCCUCAUGUCCGUUCAGGAGAGUUUGGAGAGGAAGUUCGGAAAGCAGGGAGGACCAAUCCCUGUUGUCCCAACUGCUGACUUCCAGGCCAGAGUCGCUGGUGCUUCUGAGAAGGACAUUGUCCACUCUGGGCUUGCCUACACCAUGGAGAGAUCUGCCAGGCAAAUCAUGCGUACGGCCAGUAAGUACAACCUGGGUCUGGACCUGCGGACGGCUGCGUACGUCAACGCCAUCGAGAAGGUGUUCAAGGUCUACAACGAGGCCGGCAUCACCGUCACAUAAUCGACCUAUCACAGCCAGACCACUUCCACAACACCCUGCUAUCGGUUCAGCAUUUACAUUAGAGACCCCCGCCUCCCCUUUAUACAAACACACUGACACGUACUGUGUCCCAUGACCUCGCCAUAUUUCCAAGUAUCACGUCCGUAACGCAGUAUUUCUGUGUCGUUCUGUUUCAAUAUCGUCGUUCAGUUGUUUGUGUAUUGUGAAAGGAGCCGAUUGUAGCAGGAAGAUAGCUACGCUGAGAGAGAUUUAAGAACCCCCCCUUAUCAGAGUUCCCUGUUGGCCAUUUUGUCUUGUUUGACCCUGGUGUUGCCAUGGUUUCAGACCACAGCACUGAAGUUGCCUUAGCUCUGACAGAGCUCUAUACUGAAGUUAACUUUAGAAAUAGUUUUAAACUCUAACUUUAUAUCAGGGAAUGGUGAUAUCAUGUGUUCCUCAGUUCUCCUCACAGAGGGGUUAGAGGUUAGGGCUCAGGGUUAGGGUUCUGUGCUGAGGAACACUGGGUUCUACUGGGUUUGGUUCUUAGUAAAGUUCUACACCCUUCUCCACUAUAUCAUGCCCCCCAACAUUCCCUACCUUCUUCUCCUAUCUUGUCCAAUCUGACCCUCCCCCAAACCCUCCGCUCCACCCUGAGUGAGAGCGAGAGAGAGGAGAGGAUCAUGGGAACAAGCGUUCUCCUUCUCCAAAAAGCCGUCCAAGCCCUUGCAUGGAAAUUGUUUGGGGAAAUGUGUAUUGCCUUUUGUUGUUGUUGAAAACCAAUAAAAUUCUGACAACUGCGGCUUGA